AGUAAACAAUAGAAAGCUGAGCCCUGACCUAGAGACAAAAGUCGUCUACAAGGCAGUAGUGAUUGGGGGCACAUCCGCACUCAGUUCUAAAUUGACACAAUUUGUCUUUGCAAAGUUAGAAUGGAUACGAAAGGCAACAAACGCGCAACUUCAGCAGGCUACCGAUUGCCAGACCCACCUAACGUCGCUUUGAUAUCACAGUCCUCCGUCUCUGUGUACAAACUUCCGCCGAACAGGACUCGAAACACCCGCGGCGGAGAGAGUCCUUGGGAGAACCCCGACUCUCGCGACCCAGUCAAACAGGAUCAAGUCUGGCGCGAGUUCGUGCGUGCAGAGAGGAAUGGAGUGAACGAAUGGCAGAAGAAUUGGAGUUUUCUCAAGAACUAUGAUCAGCUGGGUAACCACAGGGCAGAGAGCCCUUUACCAAACUAUGUGCCAGUGUUUUCUGACCAUAUCCCCAACACCACCAACCAGAUGUUUGGGAGUCGUGUGUGCACACCACUGGGCAGGGAGCUGAUGAGAAUGGAUAAGCUGUUAAUUGAAAGCUAUAGGAAGUGCAAGCAGGGUCCAGAUAUGCAGCCUUGCUAGCAUCAGCAAGGAAUAAGACUCACCCAAGAAUGCCCACUAUCAAUCUCGCCUUCCAAAAGAGAGCAUAUCAGUUCCGUUUUAAAGGUGUAUCUCAUGUUCAUGUCGCUAGUGAUGUCUGAUAUGUUCCUUGAAUUGAGGUUUUACUCAUAUUCUUUGGAGGCUUGCUUUACAUUAGGAGCACCAUUUUCAAGAAAUCUAUUGUAACUGAUAGCUGCUCAUGUGUUUGACCUGUGAAGAGUUUACACAUUGCCAAAAGAUCUAGUCGAGACUCUACUUAACUCAGAAAAUGAUGCCAUUUUUGUUAAAUUUCUGUUAUAUUUCUCAAUAAAGAAGUACUGUAUAUUGUAA